ACGAGAUUGUCUGUUUUUCUGUUUUACCAUUUUACUUGUGGUUUCAUACAGUUUCACAAAUAUCCAACACCAUGGAAUCAGGCGAAGGAAUCGUAUUUUAUUUCUUUCGCUUUUUUAUAUUUAAUUUACUUGUAUUUACAAAUACCGUGGUACGAUCCCAAAACGAAGUUAUGCUAUCGUCAGUGAACACGCCGAUUGGAAUAUAUAUUGGCAGUACUGAAACAACAGCUUUCGAUGAAUCGCACAAAUAUUAUACUGCGUUCAAAGGCGUAGCGUAUGCGAAACCACCAGUCGGUAAAUUGAGGUUUCGUCGACCAGAACCACCGGAGUUCAAAGCAAAUGUGGUAUACAAUGCGACAUACCAUCGUCCGCAUUGUAUACAAGCGCAAGAGACGUUUUAUUACAUGUCAGCAUUCGAUCAAAGUGAGGACUGUCUGUAUUUGAACAUUUUCAUCCCUGGAAACGGUGUGGCUGGUAACGCCCGAUUCCCAGUCAUGAUCUACAUUCACGGUGGUAGCUUCAGAGUAGGUGGCGCCGAUGUUUACGCUGGUGAUGUUCUCAGUACAUUCAAUGACGUCAUCGUGGUCACCAUAAAUUAUCGCCUAGACGUCCUUGGAUUCAUGUCGUCGGGUCGGAAACAUGAUGGAAACUACGGUCUGUGGGAUAUGCAUCUUGCGAUUAAAUGGGUCAGUAGAUAUAUAAAGUACUUUGGUGGAGAUAACACGAGGGUCACGUUGUUUGGCAAUUCAGCCGGUGGUGCGGCCGUUACAUUUCAGGCAAUGUUCACUGGAAACAGGGGACUUAUUCACAGAGUUAUCGCACAGAGCGGAACUUGUUUCGCACCAUGGGCUUUGGAAAAGAAACAUGCCUUGUAUUUCAAAAGAAUUGCAGAGCAUAGCGGAUGUGCAGACGAAGAUUAUGAAACGGUCAUGGAUUGUCUGAGACAGUUAAAGACUUUUGCAUUACAGAAAGCUGCAAAUUUCGACGAACGUGAAUUCGAAUUUUUCCCAUCAAUCGACGGGGAUUUUAUCGUCGACAAUCCGAUGUUAAUGUUCAAUGAAUCGAAUCUCAACACAAAUGAGGCGUUUUCGUUAUUUUCAGAACUUGAUUUUAUGAACGGCAUAACGAGCAAAGACGGCGCGUAUGAUUUGAUUGGUCAAAACAGCAGGACUUCAUUUGAAGUGGCUGAUUUUAAGAUGUAUGUUUCAACAGCUAUGCAAUAUAUCUAUAAACAAACAUGUUCAGAAUCCGUUAUCAAGACAGUUGUUCAGGAAUAUUUGAAAGAUACGUUCACCGCUAUCGUCCCGAUCGCCAGUGUUAUAGCGUUUCGUACGGACGUAACGUUUGCAUUUCCUGCUUUAAUGGCAUCAUCUGCUCAUAGCGCUAAUAAGACCAUAGUUCUAUCCGGUAACAGUUAUGUCUAUGUAUUUGACUACAUACCUUCAUUUACAAGUAAUCUUAGCUGGUUGCAAGGGGUCUCACAUGCGUACGAAUUGCCAUUUAUAUUUGGGUUCAGUGAAUACAUAAAGACCAAAUAUACCAGUGACUAUAAUUCAGAUAAUCCUCUUCUACCGUCACAUGGAGACAUUGAAAUGUCCAAAAUAAUGAUGCAACUGUGGACCAACUUUGCUAAAUAUGGGAACCCCAACAGUAUGAACAUUUCGGAGCAGCAGGCACUGCCAGUUUGGCCGCAGUAUGAGCCAACUUCGGGAUUUUACUUGGAUCUUAAUUUGCCUUUCACAGAAAAGUCUAUCAAACAAAACUAUGCAGCGCAGCGGAUGUCGUUUAUUAAAGAUCUUAAAUGUGAAACACUUCAUAAUGGACUAUGUGCACUGACCCCAAUGUUUGGUUAUAUAUUUGUGGUGCUAUCGUUUCUCUUCAUAUGCUAAACUAACAUUAAAUGUCCAGUUUUGCAAAAUUGUUGAGCCUUCUUCACA